CUUUCGCUUCUGCAGCAAAAUCAAGAAAAAGAGAAGCGUUCACGCCAUUUUUCUUAUUGUCAAAAAUCCCAACCUCAUUACCACAAUCGCUUCAUUUUCCACGGCCACACGCUUAUCCAAAGAGAGGAUUGUUGAACCAUCGUUCGAUUUCGCGGCUUGCUUGUGAUCGUCGCUUCAAUGGGAUUUUGCACAUUCAUUCACGGGCUUUCGACGUUCGUACUACGGUCCAAUUUCAGGUCUCUUGGAGUCGUCAUUUCAUGAAAAUUCGGGGGCAUCAGAACCUUGUUGAGAAGAGAAGACCCAAACGAAAGUCAUUCGGAAAUGAAAGAGAUAAACGAAGAGGAGAGUUCGAAUAUUCAAGGGCAAAUGCCUGCAUUGCCUACAAUAAAAUGCAGACACCGCAGGAUGUUUAUAAGAUGAUCACGUGCAUUUGA